AUGUUGUUGCAACUCAUGGUUGAUGCUACAAGCCAUGGAAGGCGUGAUGCUAAUGGAAUGCUAAGCAAGGCAACUAUAGAAACCAAACUACUCCCCAAGGUUAAUGAAAAACUUAGGUGUCACAAAACCUAUUCUCAAUACCAGAGUCGGCUGAAGUACUUUAAAAGAGAAUACCAAAAAUACUCACAGCUUCUCCAUCACAGCUUUUGGUUUGGGUGGGAUCCAACCACAAAGAAAUUCACUGCUCCUGAAGAAGUUUGGAAAGACUACUUUAAGUCCCACCCAAAAGACACAAAUAUUCAAACAAAAACUUGUGAGGACUAUGAGGAUCUGCAAAUUGUAAUUGGGAAUGCAACUGCUAUUGGAAGAAACUCAUUAGGAUUGGAUGAUGAUACUGAUGCAAGAACUUUUAGGGCGGAAGAUAGACAUGUUGGAAUAGAGGACUUUGUCUUUGAUGAUGAAAGUCAGGAGGAUGAAGAAAUUUAUGAAACAAUUUGGAAUUUAUUAAUGGCGAUUCAAGUAGUAGCUCAUGCAUUGAAUGAGAUUAUGAUGCAUAGUGAAGAAAUUGAACGUCCAUUAACUCGGCGACCAAUUACUAUGAAGGGAUAUAAUUAUAUACAACAUGUAUUGAAUGACGAUCCAGAGCAUUUUCGAGAAAGAUAUUGUCUAGUACGUGAUACAUUUGGCCGAUCGCACUUCACUGCUAGUAAAAAUUUUAACAAAGUUUUAAAGGCCUUGAACACAAUAGCACCGGAGAUGCUAGCCAAGCCUGGAUCCGCAAUACCGGCAAAAAUAAGGGAAAGUACAAGGUUUUACCCAUACUUUAAGGAUUGUAUCGGAGCUAUUGACGGCACUCAUAUUCCAACAAUGGUAACGGGACGCGACGUAAGCAGCUAUCGUAAUCGUCACGGUACGAUAUCACAAAAUGUAUUAGCAGCUUGUAACUUUGAUUUGGAAUUCAUAUAUGUUCUAAGUGGGUGGGAGGGCUCAGCUCAUGAUUCAAGAGUACUACAAGAUGCUUUAACAAGGAGGAAUGGACUUAAAGUGCCACAAGGUAAAUUUUUCUCAGUGGAUUGUGGAUUUCCAAAUCGACGCCAAUUUUUGGCUCCAUUUCAAGGUGUUCGAUAUCAUCUCCAAGAGUUUGGUGGUCAAGGUCCACUACUACGAUUUACUAUUUGCGCGACGGAAGUUUGA